UCAGUUCCCGUCAUUGUUAAACAAUUUUUCUUCUCUUUGUAAUUUGUAUUAUUGAAAAGAGGGUUUUAAUUAUUCCUAAAAGUUAUGGGGAAGAAGUUUUAUGAAGUUCUGGGUUUGCCAGAGAAUGCUUCCGAUGAAGACGUUAAAAAAGCUUAUAAAAAAAUGGCGCUGAAAUACCAUCCAGAUAAGAACAAAUCUCCAGAAGCAGAAGCUCAAUUUAAAAAAGUAUCGGAAGCAUAUGAAGUACUGAGUGACAAAAAGAAACGAGAUAGAUAUGAUAAAUUCGGAGAUGCAGGACUGAAUUUCGAACCUGCGCCACAAAGCUUUUCAUGUAGCUACAAUCCAAAUUUUUCCCAGUUUUUUGGACGUAAUGAAUUUGAAUUCUUCUUCAAGCCGCCCACAGCCCAUGAAUUUAACUUCAACCGAUGCAAUUCUGCCCGGACCCGAUCCAAAAAGACACAGCCACCUCCUCCUCCAAAAAAAGAUCCAGCUAUUGUGCAUGAUUUAUAUGUUUCUUUAGAAGAUGUGCUCAUAGGCUGUACGAAAAAGAUGAAAAUAGAACGAAAUGUUCUUAAUUCGGACAAACGCACAACUCGCAGGGAAACAAAAGUUUUGACUAUCAAUGUGAAACCUGGUUGGAAAGCCGGCACAAAAAUCACUUUCAAAGAAGAAGGAGAUGAAAAUCCAAAUAGCAUUCCAGCUGAUAUUGUGUUCAUAAUCAGGGAUAAAGUUCACAAUUUGUUCGAAAGAGAUGGUGUUAAUAUUAAAUAUAUUUGUAAUUUAACACUUAAACAGGCAUUGUGUGGCACCAACAUAGAAAUACCUACACUUACGGGUGAAAAACUUCCAUAUCAGGUUACAGACGUGAUCAGACCUGACUCUGAGCACAGAUUUUGUGGUCGUGGUCUCCCGUAUCCUAAGGACAUUAAUAGAAGAGGAGAUUUAUUGGUCGUAUUCCGCGUCAUUUUUCCAGAUUCCCUCACAGACAGCUCGAAACGUAUUCUCAAAGAGUGUCUACCGACAUGCUGAUAUUCAAUAAAUUUUAGUCGCUAAGUUAAAAACAAAUGUGGAUUGAGACUUAAAAGUGUAAUUUAAAGUGUUUCUUGUGCCAAAUAAUGGAUGUCUGAGCGCAAGAAUAAAAACAUACAUAUACACUUCGGUUGCUGUACAGUUCAAACUAGCAGUGUUUCAUGCUUAGUAUGUUUUAUUACAUCCUUUUGUGUUUCCAUUUACCACACACAAAACAGAGUCCAUCGUGCAUUAAGAUGUAUAUUUGUUCCUUCUGUUUUGGUUGAGUCGUGCUGCGAUGAAUGUCAUACAGCUAACUAAAUGGGUGGUCAUUUAUUUGUUUCCUUUAGUUUAAUUUUAAUUAUCAACCGUAUUAACCAUUCUUUUUUUUCCAAACACAACUUAUCAACAGUCAAUUCUCACUAAUUCACGAAUGUAUUAUGCAUAAUUUUCUGUUAUCCACUAAGUUUUUAAUGUGCAAUCAAUGAAGUACAUUUAAAAUAUUUUGCCAUAGUAGUCUUUUGCUGUUUAACAAACUUGCAAAAUUUAAAAAUAAUUUAGAUGUCUUGAUGUCAAGUUUGAUUUCCAAUGAAAACCUUCAACAUUUUAUGUUGCACCUGAACAGCUAUCUAUAAAGCUGAUGUAAUAGUGACUUCGAGUUGGCUACUUGAAAAGUAUGCUAGAAACUUCUUGAGUUAAUAAACAAACUUUUUAUGGUAAAAUGUUUAUUAUGCUUAUUGUUAUACUAUUUGAGUAUGAUGCCAAAGCUGUUUAAUUCACAGCCUAAAGAACUAUCAAAAGAUGUUCUAGAAUCGGAAAAAAUUCAAGUCCCAAGCUCUGCAGAUUGGAGAGAAUUGACUAUUAGUUAUUCUUCUAAAUAGGUUCUUUGUUUCGUAUUGAGUAGAAAAUUAUGAGUCUUCUAAUUUAUUGAGAUAUCUAUAAAAUUAGUUUUAUUAUGUAAGUAAAACACCAUCAAAGCAUUUAAAUUCCAUUUAAGUGCUGUAUAAAUAAAUGUACUUUUGGAUAUUAAAUAUAUUUCGUUGAUAGUGCAGUUGCAAAUUGAAUUUAAAUCUUUAUAAACGUAUUUUCCCACCUAAAACUAGUGAAAAGUGAAACUAUUGCUGCUGUAUUUGGAAGAUCAGUUCUACGUGAUUGACAGUUAAUUAUAUGUGAUACUUUUAAGUAUAUAUAUAUAUAUAUAUAUAUAUAUAUAUAUAUAUAUAUAUAUAUAUAUAUAUAUAUAUAUAUACCUGGUUGCAUUCCACUUAGCGCGUCUUUCUGGUGAGUAUUUUUGAAAAAAAAAAAUUCACUUUAAUUACCGCUAUCUUUCCAGUUUGUCCCAAAUAUUAAUUUAAGCAUUGUCCUCAGUUGUAAUGUUUGAAGUGAUUCCCUAAAGUUAUUUCAAGAUAUUAGUAUUGAUGAAAUGCAGAUCCUAUUUUCAAUCAGUUUUCAUUGCAUUAUACAGUAUCAGAGUUAUGUAAACUAUUGUACAGCAAUAAUUUCAAAACUUGGGCAUUACAUUUUUUAAGUUUCUGUUGCUUACAAAAUAUAAAACUUUUGUUUAUAUACCUCCAUUUCUUUUCAAAAUUAACUGCUGCACAAUGUGUAAAAUUAUUUGUUGCAUGUUGUUUUACACCUGAAAAGGUUAAGUUUCACUUAAAAUAAUUUAGUUUGCACCCUUUUUUUCUCAUGUUUUAGUUUUUGGAGGAAAAGUAAUAAAAAUAACUAAUGUAUGUGUCAUUUUUUUAAACAGAAUAUAACUCUUUAACCAGCUUAACAAUUUGGUUUGUUACGUCAUAAAUAAAUAUUUUUAUAUUUUAUCAAAACAUAUUCAAUGAACAAUCCCGUAAUUUAAAUUAGACAAUGAUUUUUUAAAAUCCAUUUUCUUUGUGAUUUUUUUCAUCUGUCAAUAUUUUUUCAAGUUAUUUUUCCUGUUGUAGUUGUAAGAAAUAUUCUUAUAAAACCUUAUAUAUUAUAAUUCUUAUUUUAUACCUAUUUUAGAGUUACUUUGAAAGAACUUAAAAUAUUAGCUUUAAUGGUUAACAGAAAAAGGUUUUGUAACAUAAAAGUGGUGGUUUGCAAAUUAAAGAGAAAACAAAGUUAUUGUAUCAACUGUAAAAAUAUUUAUUUUUAAGUUCUUUUGAAUGAAGCAAUAAAUCAUUUAAACUAGUGAACAUCAAAAAUUAGGCCAUAUCAAUUUAAGCUUGGAAUUGUAAUAAAGGUGCAUGUAUUAAUUGCCCUGUUAAGUAGUCAUACAGAGCGCUUUGGAGCAAAAUUUAAAUAUCUGCAGAUCAAUGUUUUGAAGCAUUAAGUGGGUUUUUGUAGGGACCGAAAACUAAAGUUUUUCAUGUACGCACAAUGAAUAUACAUUAAGUCUUAUCUUCUUGUAUCAUUCCCUAAGCUGUUUUUCAUGUUUUCAGACAAUACUGAAGUCCAUUCCCUAUUGGAGGGGAAAAAAAUUAAAAAUUAAUCGCCGACUCCCCCCUCCCCCCAUUCUUAUCAGUUAGAAGGACCAUGUGAAGCCAACUGCUUGUUUGAGCUGUCUCAAACAGGAAUGUAUAUUUAAAAAAACAAAGGCACUGCCCAUUAAUUUAUAGAACAAGAUUGGCUUCAUGAUCCUUAUAACUGAUAAGUACUUUUUUUCUUAGUCAGAUGCAAUAACAGGUACACCAGAUCUUGCUCCUCAUACAAUUAGGUUGAAUUUUUGUUAUUUACUAAUAGAGAAAAAUCUCAUUGAAUUCAAUUCCCAAUGUUCCUAAUUAAACUUGCAAAAAUAAACAGUUAAAACAAUAAACAAAGAAAACUUAAAUUCAGGAUUAUAAACUCCAUAACUACAUAAAUGUUUAGUUUGUUCGCUACUUAUGAAUAUGUUAAUUGAAACUAGUGCUGUAGCUGUUAAAAAAAAAUAUCAGGGGGAACUCACCUUGGUGUUUGAAGGGACUCCCCAAAAGAAUAGUUGGUUUGAAACCAAUUUACAUUACAUUUGCAUUAUUUUUAAAGUUUAAUUGCUCAUUUAAAUAACAUUGGUGAAUUUUUUAUGUCCUGAAUAUUAGAAUAUUCCUGAACUGUAUUCACAUUAGAGCAAGGGUAUCUUCUAUAGUCGUUUUGAGCGUCAAAAUGAAAAUAAGAGCUUGCUUUCAAUUUAUUAAUUACAUAUAUGUAUAUAGCUUUUUUUUUUUUUUUUUUUGUUCAAAAAAUUUACAAAAUCAAACAAAGGUUUUUCAAUUGAGAAUUACUAAAUUCAAAUAUCAAAUGGAAGAGUGAUAGAAUUUUAAAAAUCUGAGACAUUUUAUGUUUAAUAGUAUAAAUUUUAUUUGAAAUUGCUAUGUAACAUAACACUGUAAAAAGUCAUAAGUAUUACAAUAAAUUUUUUAGUGUA